AUGGCAUGGCCCAACGGCGCGUGCACCCUCUACGACAGCACGCCCUCGCUCAUGCCAGCCAGUGCAACGUAUUCUGCCAUUUCGUACCCGGCCAAGUACACGUGUACGCUCGGCAAGUAUACGUGGCGUGACGUGAACAAGCCCAAAGGAGAGGUCGCCAAGUGCAGCCUUGAAAACCGCGCCCGCCGUGCUAGCCAAAGUGCAGGCAGCAACGGCUUUGCGUGGGUGGCACAGACAGGCACGUGCGUCCUCAAGUUGAUCCCAGAGCCCGCGAGAGUGAGGAAGACGAACCGCGCGACGCUCACGUGCAAGCAAUCCGCAAAAGCAUAG